AUGAAGAGAAGAGUUGACGUCUUUGCUUUGAGUGUUUAUGGGCUGGUGGUUUUCCCUAAGGCCUUAAGGCAUAUAGAUGAAGCAGUUACCAAUUUAUUUGACCAACUUGGUAAAGGGAUCACACCUGUUCCUGCAAUAUUAGCAGAGACUUUCAGAUCUUUGAAUGCAUGUCGAAGAGCGGGCGAAGGAAAAUUUGUUGGAUGUGCACAGCUUUUAUUAGUUUGGUUCAAUAGCCAUUUCUGGAAGACGGAGAAGGUCUUUUAUCAACCCUUCCUCCAAAAUUUCUCUCCUUUGAAGGAAAUUGCGGCUACGUCGAGGAAGGACGAUAUAUCAGAGGAGAGAUGGAUGGCGAUACUGCAAAAUCUUCAAAAGGAUGAUAUCGAGUGGAGAGCCCCUUGGAUGGUUCCCGGUGAGAUUCUUUUCAGGUGUGGAGAUUGUGAUUGGGUUCCUUUGUUAGGGAUUUGGGGAGGUAUUGGUUAUGCCCCUUUCCUCGUAUCAAGGCAAUACAGGUCAAGGCAAUUCAUACCUGCAACACAGGGGCUGGCUCAAAGCGAGUUUUGUUAUAAAGGGGAUAAUUACAAGAAAAAGGUUAGAGAGAUUUGUAACCCCUGGAACCGAACCUACCGGAUGGAAGGAGUUGCUGUAAACCCGAUGGUGACCCUUGGGUAUAACGAAUGGGAAAGAAGAAGGGUUAAUGAUAACAUUCUGAGGCCAAAUCUACAAGAUGCUCGACCGAUAGAGGAAUAUCUACGAGUGGUCCCCUCCGAUUUGGAAAUUAUAAAGCAAGACUUUGAAAAGAAAAGUUUGGAGUUAGAAAAGAAAAUAGAACAGUUGGAAGUGGAAAAGGUGUACUUGAAGCUGGAUGUGGAUGUUCAAAAGUCAGAGGCCGAGAAUUUGAAAAAAGGAAAGAGAAAAGUUGAAGAGGACCUUGCUAGCUUGAAGGAAUAUUACAAGAGAUAUCGUGCAUCAGUGAAGAAUACUGGUUUAGGUAAAAAGUUUGAACAGUGGAGGCAAGAGAUCCAAGAAGAAAAGGCUAAAACUGAUUAG